GACCCGGGGGUUCCUAGAGAGGCCGGGGGGCUGGUAAAAGUUGUGAGGUCAUCUGACAUGUUGAAAAACGUUUCCACUGCCCCCGCUUACUCGACGCUGAUAGGGUACGGGGUUUGGGCUGCCAAACCUAGCAUUUGUAUGACUGAAAAUAUAGCAAUGGAUUUGGUGUUUUCAUAGAAAUAUCAAACAAUAAUGUCCAUUGAUUGUAAUCGGAGGUUGUAAAACUUUUAGGAUGGUUUGAACAGUUUUUCCGGGAAAAAAAAAAACCGAACGUCUGUAUUUUUUAGAUACUGGGAAAAACGGUUAUUCGUCAGAUUUUCCAGGGACAAUCUAUAUCAGCGCAGACUCCCCCCCUUUUGGGUAUAGCACACAUUGUCCUGCUCCACCCCCACUGCUAGUCUGACUGGGGUCGGGGGCGUCGUGUUGACCCCCACUAAAGCUGCACAAAAUGAACACGCCAUGUAGAAAUGUUAAAACCUUUUUUUCCUGUUCGAAAAAAAACAAUUAAAAACCGGCUGAACACUUCCCGGCUAGGGCACCCCCCACCCAAAUCGAAGGGGCUGUAGGGGAGUGGGCAGAGAGCUUUCAGUUCCUCGGUGUCCACAUCCUACGUUAUCAUGGGGCCACCACCCCAAACACACUGAAGAGGGGGGCAAAAAGCGUCUUUCCCCCUCGGCGGGAAAUUCGCAUGGCCCUCUGAUUUUUUUAAAAAUUUUAACGGGGCACCGGGCAUUUUGACGGCUCAUUAAAAACCCCCUGUAGGGCACUGUUUGGGCAUCGCCCGCAGACACUACGAGGGUACUGCAUACCCCCCAGUACAUCCUGGGGGCCAAGCUCCCUGCCAUCCGGGGCCUCUAUAUCGGCGGUGUCAGAGGGAAAGGGCCCCAAAAAUUUUCAAGACUGCAACCACCCGUCUAGACUGUUCUCUCUGCUACCGCAUGGGAAGCGGGACCGACACCCAAGUCUGGAACCCCCAGGAAACCCCGAACCUUCUCCUACCCCCAAGCCUAAGACGCUAAUGUUUUUUUAAAUAGUUAAACCCAAAACUACCCGGACUGUCUGAUUGACCCUUUUGCCCAAAAUUUUUUUGACUCAACUACCUUCGCCACGUUUUAUUUAUCCUUUGCCCCGCACUUUUAUUACUUCCUGUUUUCCUUUCACUGUUUAACUAUCCUUUUGCCUAGUCACUGUUUAUUUUUAUCCGGGGGGGGGGGGGGGGGGGCCUUGCACUGUUUAUUAUCUUCCGUUGCCUAUCCUGUUUUUUACUAUCCUGUUGCCCGUCCCCUGUUUAUUAUCUAUCCGUUGCCUUGUCACUGUUUAUUUUCUAUCCUGUUUUCCUAGUCCUGUUUUUUUUCCCCUUUUCCUUGUCCGUUUAUUAUCCCACCUGUUUUCCCGUCCUGUUUUUCUACCUGUUGCCGUCCUGUUUUUAACUAUCCCUUUUCCUUUCACGUUUUAUUAUCUAUCCUUUGCCCAUCACUGUUUUUAUAUCUAUCCUGUUGCCUUCACUGUUUAUUAUUUAUCAUUUCUAUCACGUUUAUUUUCAUCCUGUUGCCUUGCACUGUUUAUUUUUAUCAGUUUCCUAGUCACUGUUUAUUAUCUAUCCUUUUGCCUAGUCAGUUUAUUAUCUACCGUUGCCUUGUCCUGUUUAUUAUCUUCCGUUGCCUUGUCAUGUUUAUUAUCUAUCCUUUGCCCCGUCCUGUUUAUUUUCUAUCCUGUUUGGGCCCAUCCAAAUUUUUAUUACUACCGUUGCCUUGUCACUUUUUAUUAUCUAUCCUGUUGCCUUGUCACUGUUUAAUAUCUAUCCUGUUGCCUUGUCACUGUUUAUUAUCUUCCUGUUUUCCUUGCCCCCUUUUUUACAUCCUGUUGCCUAGUCCUGUUUUUCUAUCCCGUUUUUCCUUGUCACUGUUUUUUCUAUCCUUUUGCCUAUCCCGUUUUUUAUCUAUCCCCGUUUUCCUUUUCACUUUUAAUAUUUAUCCUUUGGGCCCACACUGUUUUAUUAUCUAUCCUGUUUUCCUAACCCCGUUUAUUAUCAUCCUGUUGCCUUGCACUGUUUUUUUAUCUAUCCUUUGCCUUUUCACUGUUUUUUAAUUUUAUCCGUUCCUUGUCACUGUUUAUUAUCUAUCCUUUUGCCCCUUUUCACUGUUUUUUAUCUAUCCUGUUGCCUAUCACUGUUUAUUUUUUUAUCCUUUUCCUUGUCCCUUUUUUUAUCUAUCCUUUUUCCGUUUUCACUGUUUUAUUAAUCCUGUUGCCCAGUCACUGUUUUUUAUUUAUCCUGUUGCCAUCACUGUUUAUUAUCUACCUUUGCCUAUCCUUUUAUUAUCUUCCUUUGCCUUGUCACGUUUAUUAUCUUCCUGUUGCCUGUCAGUUUAUUUUUUCCUGUUUUCCUUGUCCCCGGUUUUUUUCAAACCUUUCCUUUUUCACUGUUUAUUAUCUAUCCUGUUGCCUUGUCACUGUUUUAUCUAUCCUGUUGCCUAGUCACUGUUUAUUAUCUAUCCUGUUGCCUUGUCACUGUUUAUUAUCUAUCCUGUUGCCUUGUCACUGUUUAUUAUCUAUCCUGUUGCCUUGUCACUGUUUAUUUUCACCGUUGCCUUUCACGUUUAUUUCUAUCCUGUUGCCUUGUCCGUUUUUACUUUUGUUCCUAGUCACUUUAUUCCUAUUAAGUCAAACACCUAAUUUCCCGUCCCCGCACUCGCUCGGUACUGGUCCCCCCCUUUUUUUGCCAAGUUAUCGUUACUCAUUGUGUAUUUUUUCCCUUUGUUAUUAUUUUUUAAUUUCCUAUUUUUCCCCUCUCUGCAUUUUUGGGGAGGGGCCCGUAAUAACCUUUUCCUUUAUCACACCCUUUUUUUACCAACAUUACCAAUACCUUUUUAUUUGAUUUGAUGCAAAAUACGUUACUUCCAGCAAUUGAGGCUAACUUUUCCCUUUCAGCUGACAGCUAAAACUAACUAUUUACACCCCCAGUCUUUGUUUGUGAUAUAUAAAAAAAUGCAAAAAAAAAACCAAAAUUGCUGAUUUCAAAAACUUUCCCCCAAAAAUUUUUCCCUUUAUUUAUUUGUUCUCUCUCCAUCUCUCCCAAAAAUUCAUUGCCCCGUGAACUGACUGUGCUCGACUUGGGCCAACCACCUCUUUUCUUACAUCAUUUUCUAUUAAAAUACAUUUUUAAAAUAAAACUACUUCUAUCAAUGUUUUUGAUCGUUCAAAAAGAAGUCCCCCAAAAGAAAGGGGAAACAAUUGUCAUCUUAGCCCCAUGAAAUCGGGAAAACAAAACUCAAACUCAAAGCAUGCACACCCCUAUGAAUAUGCAUUCACCUGUAUUUUGAGUAACCCUAGCCCACAUCUUUUAUUACCCUUUUCAUAGAAUUUUCCUUUUAAAAUUUUUACCAUUUUUGUUUUGUUUGAUGGGAAAAAAAAACAAAGUCAAAUUUAUUGUUAAAUUUUUCAUUAAUUAUGCUGACGUCUCUAAAAUUUUGACGUUAAAAAUUCAAUGUAAUUAAGAACAAAAGGUUUAUCUCUGCAUCAACUGCCAUUCUCUGGAACCUGUUGAACAGGAAAGAGAGGACCUCUUAAUCUCCCUGGGGCUCAGCGGUAAGGGACGGCGCUUUACCAGGGUUGGGUUCGAUCCCCGGGACCCCUACAAAAAAGUAUCCCCACUGACUGUAAGUCGCUUUGGAUAAAAGUGUCCUGGGUAAAUGGCAUAUAUUAUUACUUUUGGGUUUAAAAUGCCCUUCUUUUUGCCAAGUAAAACCGUUUUUGGGAUUUAGUAUCAUACGGGAUGGGAAAAUUUUGAUCGAACCUGGGUUUGGGAUUUAAGUCUAAAUUCUGGGAUGGUGAACACUUUUUAUUUCUUAUUAUAACUCUUUCUCCUCUCCUCUCCUCUCCUCUCCUCUCCUCUCCUCCCUCUCCUCCCCCCUCCUCUCCUCUCCUCUCCUCUCUCCCUUCCUCCCUCCUCCCUCUCCUCUCCUCUCCUUUUCUCCCCUCUCCUCCCUCCCACCCCUCUCCUCUCCUUUUCCUCCCCCUCCCCUCCUCCUCCUCCCCCUCCCCUCCCCUUCCUCCUCACCCUCUCCUCUCCUCUCACCUCUUCUCCUCUCUCCUCCCCUCUCCUCCCCGCCUCUCCUCCCCUUUCUCCUCUCCUCUCCUCUCCUCUCCCUCUCCUCUCCUCUCCUCUCCUCUCCUCUCCUUCCCCUCUCCUCUUGUCCCUCCUCUCCCUCCUUCCUCUCCUCUCCUCUCCUCCCUCUCCUCUCUCGUCCCCUUUUCUCCUCUCCUCUUUUUUUCCUCUUCCUCCUCCUCUCCUCUCCUCUCCCUCUCCUCUCCUCUUUUUUCUCCUUCUCUCCUCUCCUCUCCCCUCCUCUCCUCCUCCCUCCUCCCUCUCCUCUCCUCUCCUUCUCUCCUCUUUUCUCCCUCUCCCCUUUCCCCCUUUCCCCCCCCUCUCCUCUCCCCCUCCCUCUCCUUCUCCCCCUCUUUCUCCAUCUCUCCUAUCCUCCCACCCCCUCCUCUCCUUCCCCUUUCUCCUCUCCUCGUAUCCUUUCCCCCCUUUCCCACCCUCCCUCUCCUCUCUCCUCUCCUCUCCUCUCCUCUCCCUCUCCUCUCCUCUCCUCUCCUCUCCUCUCCUCUCCUCUCCUCUCCUCUCCUCUCCUCUCCCUCUCCUCUCCUCUCCUCCUCUCGUCUCCUCUCUCCUCUCCUCCCACCUCUCCUCUCCUCUCCUAUCCUUAUCCUCUUCUCCCCACCCUCUUCUUUCCUCGCCUCCCAUCGUCCUUUCCUCUCCUCCUCUGUUCCCUCGCUCCAGAUCAUCUCCUAUGGUUUACUAGAGAAGAUGAAGUUCAGUGUGUUGGAGCUGCAGGAGUAUCUGGACACCUACAACAACAGAGAGGGGCCGCUUCUCAGUAAGACACUACCACCCAUAACGAUACUGACUUUGAGCUGUUAAGACACUACCACCCAUAACGAUACUGACUUUGAGUUGUUAAGACACUACCACACAUAACGAUACUGACUUUGAGCUGUUAAGACACUACCACCCAUAACAAAACUGACUUUGAGCUGCUAAGACACUACCAUCCAUAGCGAUACUGACUUUGAGCUGUUAAGCUCUUUUCUCAAACGUAUCGUUAUGAGUUGGACUUGACAGAAAAGUCUAGAAUUUACGCUACAAUCUGUUAGUUGAGAUUUUGACCAGCUAGCCCAGUCUAACAAGCCCUGAUCAGUAACUCUCCUCUUUCUCUCUCUCCCCCUCUCUAUUUUUUCUCUCUUUCCCUCUCUCCCCCCUCCCUUUCACUUUCUCUUCUUCAUUUCCAGUGGCUGAGGAACUGUAAGGACACGUUUCCCAGGUGCCCUGGCGAUGGCGUGAUUACCUGUCAGCCAGGAGACUCAGAGGAGAAGGUAAGAAGUCAUAGUCCCAUGACAACAAACGCAACCUUUUUCACUGUGUCUUUAAAACCAUACGAGAGCUAUAACACUAUACUAUACACUAUAGCUAUACUUCUACACUAUCCUAUCUCACUAUGCUAGACCUGUAACUAUAUACUAUAAAACACUAAUACUACACCCUGUCCUAAUAUACUAUCACUAUCUAUACUAUACAUACACUAUACGAUCACACUAUACUAUCACUAUACUAUUACCAUACUAUAACAUAACACUAUACUAUCACACUAUACUAAUCACUAUACUAUACACUAUACUAUACUAUACCUAUACUAUACACUAGACAUAACAACUAUACUAUACCCUAUACUAUACUAUACCUACUAACACUAUACUAUACACAUACUAACACAUACUAUACACUAGACACUAUACUAUACACUAUACACUAUACACUAUACUAUACUAUACACUAUACUAGACACUAUACUAUACAUUAUACUAUACACUAUACUAUACACUAUACUAUACACUUUACAAUAUUCUAUAAACUACUAUACUAUACACUACUAUACUAUACACUAUACUAUAAUAUAUACUAUAAUAUAUACUAUAAGGGGGGCGGCAGGUAGCUUGUGGGGUAAAGCGUUUGUGCCAGUAACCGAAAGUCGCUGGUUCUAAUCCCCCGAGCCGACUAGGUGAAAAUCUGUCGAUGUGGCCCUUAAGCAAGGGCGCGUGAAACCCUAAUUGCUCCUGUAAGUCGCUCUGGAUAAGAGCGUCUGCUAAAUGACUAAAAUGUAAAUAUACUAUACUAUACUAUACACUAUACUAUAUACUAUAUAUUAUACACUACACUAUACUAUACAUUAUACUAUACUAUACAAUAUUCUAUAAAUUACUAUACUAUACACUAUACACCAUACUAUACACUGCUAUACUAUACACUAUAGUAUACAAUAUUCUAUAAACUACUAUACACUAUACUAUUAUAACACUAUACUAUACACUCUACUAUACUAUACACUAUACUAUAUACUACACUAUACACUUUACUAUACUAUAUACUAUAUAUUAUACACUAUACUAUACACUAUACUAUACACUAUACACUAUACUAUACACUAUACUAUACACUAUACACUAUACACUAUACUAUACUAUACACUAUACUAUACACUAUACUAUACUAUACACUAUACUAUACACUAUACUAUACACUUUACAAUAUUCUAUAAACUACUAUACUAUACACUACUAUACUAUACACUACUAUACUAUACACUAUACUAUACACUAUACUAUACACUAUACUAUACACUAUACUAUACACUAUACUAUACACUACUAUACUAUAUACUAUACACUAUACACUAUACCUAUACACUAUACUAUAUACUAACACUAUACACUAUACACUAUACUAUAUACUACACUAUACUAUAUACUAUAUACUAUAUAUUAUACACUACACUAUACUAUACACUAUACUAUACACUAUAUAUAGUACAAUAUACUAUACACUAGACUAUACACUAUACUAUACAAUAUUCUAUAAACUACUAUACUAUACACUAUACUAUUAUACACUAUACUAUACACUCUACUAUACUAUACACUAUACUAUAUACUACACUAUACACUUUACAAUACUAUAUACUAUAUAUUAUACACCAUACUAUACACUAUACUAUACACUAUACUAUAUAAUAAACUAUACAAUAUACUAUACACUAUACUAUAUACUAUACUAUAAAUGAUACUAUACUAUAUACUAUACUCUACACAAUACUAUACACAAUACUAUACACUAUACUAUACACUAUGCACAAUACACUAUACUAUACACUAUACCACAUACUAUACACUAUACUAUACACCUUACUAUACUAUACACUAUGCACUAUACUAUAUACUAUACUAUAUACUAUAUACUAUACUAUAUACUAUACUAUACAAUACUAUACACUAUACUAUACACUAUACUUUACACUAUACUAUAUACUAUACUAUAUACUAUACUAUAUACUAUACUAUAUGCUAUAAUAUAUACUAUACUAUACUAUACUAUAUACACUAUACACUAUACUAUAUACUAUACUAUAUACUAUACUAUAUACUAUACUAUAUACUAUAUAUUAUAUACUAUACUAUAUACACUACAAUAUACACUAUACUAUACUAUAUAUAUACACUAUACUAUAUACUAUACUAUAUAUUAUAUAUUAUAUACUAUACACACUACACUACACUAUACUAUAUACACUACACUAUACACUAUACUAUACUAUAUAUAUAUACACUAUACUAUAUAUUAUAUACUAUACUAUAUACACCACACUAUACACUAUACUAUACUAUAUAUAUAUACACUAUACUAUACUAUACUGCAUGUGUUUUAUUGAUGUGUGUUCCUCUCCUCUUGCUUCUCCCUCUCUCUCUUUCACCUCGUAACAUGCUCUCUGGCUGUGUAGCAAAUGGAAUCUCUGGCAGUAAGUCCUUUACUAAGUCCUUUACUAAGUCCUUUACUAAGUCCUACUAUGAUCUACUAUCAUCUAAUGUGUUUUCUCACUUCACCCUCUAGUGUUCCUUCUCAAACUGAUGAUUCUACUGCUGCCAAAAUAACCAACACAACAAUACUGUGUAUGAACUGAUUUAGAUGGCUCAGGUUGAGGAUUUUAUGUGUGUGUGUGUGGUGUGGUGUGUGCGGUGUGUGUGUGUGUGUGUGUGUUUGUGUAUACUGUACUGUACUGUCUAUGAAUCUGUCCUCUCUCUCUCCUCUCAGCAACUGGAGCUGUGUCAGCGCCUCUACAAGCUGCACUUCCAGCUGCUCCUCCUCUUCCAGUCCUACUGCAAGCUGAUUGGACAGGUCCACGCUGUCAGCGCUGUGCCUGAGGUAAGUGAAGGACUGUGAUUGGAUGCUUCAAAAGCGACCCAGAGACAUUUCUAUAAACAGACAGACUCACACACACACACAUACACUGCUGGUCAAAGGUUUUACAACACCUACUCAUUCAAAGGUUUUUCUUGAUUUUUUACUAUUUUCUACAUUGUAGAAUAAUAGUGAAGACAUCAAAACUAUGAAAUAACACAUAUGGAAUCAUGUAGUAACCAAAAAAGUGUUAAACAAAUCAAAAUAUAUUUUAUAUUUGAGAUUCUUCAAAGUAGCCACCCUUUGCCUUGAUGACAGCUUUGCACACUCUUGGCAUUCUCUCAACCAGCUUCAUGAGGUAGUCACCUGGAAUGCAUUUCAAUUAACAGGUGUGCCUUCUUAAAAGUUAAUUUGUGGAAUUUCUUUCCUUAUUAAUGCAUUUGAUCCAAUCAGUUGUGUUGUGACAAGGUAGGUAUACAGAAGACAGCCCUAUUUGGUAAAGUCCAUAUUAUGGCAAGAACAGCUCAAAUAAGCAAAGAGAAACAACAGUCCAUCAUUACUUUAAGACAUGAAGAUCAGUCAACACAGAACAUUUCAAGAACUUUGAACGUUUCUUCAAGUGCAGUCACAAAAACCAUCAAGAGCUAUGAUGAAACUGGUCUCUCAUGAGGACCGCCACAGGAAUGAACAGCUUUUUUAGAUGUUGUAUACCUGUUGAAAGUGAAUCAAGAGAUUAAUUUUGCUUUUUUGCAUUUCUUCCUCUCUUUACGUGUAUCCGUAGAUUUUUUUCUCACAAAAGUAAUGUAUAUGAUCACACACUGAUCUCCACCUCCCUCCUCCUCGCCCUCCCCCUCUCUCUCGCUCUCUUCCCCCCUCCUCCCUCUCCCUCUCUCCCCUCCCUCCCCCUCUCCCUCCCUCCCCAUCUCUCGCUCUCUCUCCCUCCCCCCUCCCCCCUCUCGUCUCCCUCCCCCCUCUUUCUCUCUCCCUCUCCCUCUCCCUCUCCCUCUCCCUCUCCCUCUCCUCCCCUCUCUCUCUCUCUCCCUCCCCCCCCUCUCUCUCUCUCUUCCCUCUCCCUCUCCGUCCUCCCCUCUCCUCUCGCCCCUCUCCCUCCCCUUCCCGUCUCCUCCUCCCCUCUCUCUCUCUCGGUCUCUCUCAUCCCCCUCUCUCUCUCUCUCUCUCUCUCUCUCUUCCCUCCCCCCGUCUCUCUCGUCCUCCCUCCCGCCCUCUCCUCUCCCUCUCUUCCUCCCUUCUCCCGCCUCCCCCGUCCCCAUCCCCUCCUCAGCUCUGUCUCUGCUGCUCUCACUUCUCAGUCUCUCUCUCCUCCAUACGCUCUAACUCUCUCACCUUCUCUCAUCUCAAGGUCCUCGUGCAUUCUCGUCAGAUCAUGCGUCCUAGACACUCCUCACCUCUCUCAGUCACCUAUUGAUCGAGAGCGCCCUCUCUCGUCUCCUCUCUAGCUCUCCCGACAUCUCAUCCCAUUCUCACAAUGCCUCGCUCGACGUCUCACCUGCGACUAAUUUCAAUGCGAGGACUCGCUCAUCUCUCUCAAUGCAAAUCCUGCAACCUCCCCGACCGCUACAGUGACACGCAUCUUUAGCACCCUAGCGCUGCUGCUCUCAAGUGGCAGCUCAAGUCUCCUAGCCAGAAAAAAAAACAAAAUCAAGCACGUAUCAUCGCUCUCCCCCACUACCUUCACUCUCUUCCCUCCCCUUCGUCUCUCCGGUCUCGGAUCUCUCUCCGUCUCUCUCCACAUCUCCUACUCUCUCUCAUCCCUCAGCCCUGUCUCCAUGGCAUCAGCUCGCUCGCUCUCUUCUACUCCGCUCUCCAAGACUCUCCCUCUCCCCCCUCUCUCUCUCUUCUCUCUCGUCUCUCACCCUCUCUCCCUCCUCCUCCCUCCCCCCUCUCCAUCUCCCUUCUCUCCUCCUCUCCCCCCCCUCUGUAGCUCCUAAACAUGUCUCGAGAGCUGAGUGACCUGAAGACCAGUCUGAGAGCAGCAGAGGCAGCAGUGGCCAGCGACCUGGAGCACACACAGCUGGCCCACACCCAGACGCAGGCCUCUGCCGCCCUGCCCAGCUUCACCUCCUCCGAGGCAGCCGUACAGGCCAUCCUGGAGUGCCUCAACAACCAGGAGUUCAGCAAGGCCAUACGCUACAUCCACGAGUGCAGGUGAGAUCCAAAAAGCAUGCAUAGACACAGACACACACGCAGACACACACUAUUUUGUUGUGGUGCUAAGAAUAAAAACCCUGUACUCGUCAGUGAUAGAAAUAAUCCCACCAAACAGAGCGAGAACAAUCACAAAACAUUCACAAUACUAAUACAUCCUGAUCCAUCUCUCUCUCUUCCUGUCUGUCUCUCUCUUCCUGUCUGUCUCUCUCUUCCUGUCUGUCUCUCUCUUCCUGUCUGUCUCUCUCUUCCUGUCUGUCUCUCCCUCUCUCUCUCUUCCUGUCUGUCUCUCUCUUCCUGUCUGUCUCUCCCUCUCUCUCUCUUCCUGUCUGUCUCUCUCUUCCUGUCUGUCUCUCCCUCUCUCUCUCUCUUCCUGUCUGUCUCUCUCUUCCUGUCUGUCUCUCCCUCUCUCUCUCUUCCUGUCUCUCUCUCUCUUCCUGUCUGUCUCUCCCUCUCUCUCUCUUCCUGUCUGUCUCUCUCUUCCUGUCUGUCUGUCUCUCUCUUCCUGUCUGUCUCUCCCUCUCUCUCUCUUCCUCUACCCCCCUUCCAGGAGGCUGUGGCCUAACGGUGUGUUUGGCGGUGGGUCAGAGAGCGAGGUGCAGACCCUCCUCAACGUCUACUUCCGACACCAGACCCUGGGCCAGACGGGAACCAUCGCCCUGGUCGGGUCACGCCAGGACCUCAGCCUCAUCUGUUCCAAGCUGCUGGAGCUCAACGGGGAGAUCCGGGACAUGAUCCGCCGCGCCCAGGGCUACCGGGUGGUCAACACCUACCUCCCCGACUCCUCGGCCUCAGGGACCAGCCUCUGA